AUGGCCAUGUCUCAGGCUCUGUCCGAGGAGGAGUUCCACCGGAUGCAGUGCCCGACCAGGACAGAGAGGCUCGUCAGCACCAUCUGCAUCGAAGCGAGCAAGCUGGAGAGGCAGAGAUUCACCUACUCGUUUGGCCAAAGCCAUGGCCAGGAGAAACGUGGUCUUCGUAGACAAGCACUCAAGGCUCACGUCCGUCAAGGGCUCAAACGGAGCAGACCGCAGGGCAGCAAGGACCAGAGAGAGAUCCCACACAGGCACGACGAGGCGUGUGGGGGGAUACAGAUGUCUGGCGCCUCUCAGAAACAAGGACACAUCCUUGUUACGACCUACUGUCUCCCCACCCACCACCGUAUGCCAGCUUCCAGACAGGCUGAGGUCACCAGACUGCAGGACGAUAUAACAAAGCUCUCUGACAAGUUAAAGAAGAAGCAGGAGAGGACAAAGAUCGAUGAGAUCAACCAGAGGAAAGAGGAAGAUUUGAAGGCCGUGAACGUCCGUGUCCACAAGCUCCAGUCCGACCUCGCUGCAGCCAAUCAGGAAUAUCGUGACAGGAAGAAGGAGAACCAGGAGCGUCUGGCGGAGGACACAGAGGCCAACGAGGCAACUGAUGCCCCCCUGCCUCCACACAGCACUCCCAGGGAGCGUUUAUGGCGAGCCUUUGAGAACCCCCACACCUCCACCAUGGCCCUGGUCUUCUACUACGUCACAGGCUUCUUCAUUGCCGUGUCGGUCAUUGCCAACGUGGUGGAGACAGUGCCCUGCCGAGCCCCAAAGGGCAGUGUCAAAGAGCUCCCCUGUGGGGAGAAGUACCAGCUGGCCUUCUUCUGCAUGGACACGGCCUGUGUGCUGAUAUUCACCUUCGAGUACCUGAUGCGACUGUUCGCCGCGCCGAGCCGCUGUAAGUUCAUGCGCUCUGUGAUGUCUGUGAUUGACGUAGUGGCCAUCAUGCCCUACUACAUCGGUCUGGUGAUGCCAGAGAAUGAGGAUGUGAGCGGCGCCUUCGUCACUCUUCGGGUUUUCCGAGUCUUCAGGAUCUUCAAGUUCUCACGUCACUCGCAGGGUCUAAGGAUUCUGGGCUACACGCUGAAGAGCUGCGCCUCAGAGCUCGGCUUCCUGCUCUUCUCCCUCACCAUGGCCAUCAUCAUCUUUGCCACUGUCAUGUUCUACGCCGAGAAGGGCACCAAGGGAUCCGACUUCACCUCCAUUCCAGCCUCCUUCUGGUACACAAUCGUCACCAUGACAACACUGGGGUAUGGUGACAUGGUUCCCAACACCAUUGCAGGGAAGAUCUUCGGUUCCAUCUGCUCCCUGAGUGGCGUCCUGGUCAUCGCCCUGCCGGUACCAGUCAUCGUGUCCAACUUCAGCCGAAUCUACCACCAGAACCAGAGAGCGGACAAGAUGAGAGCACAGCAGGCAGUGCAGCAGGUGGUGGUGCUGGUGCUCGAAGGCCGACCUGGUCUUCACACACAGAGCCGUGAUGUCACUGUCUCGGUCCUGAGAACCCAAAGACACGGUCGUUCCAGUCUGAACGCCCAGCCUGAAGACCUGAAGCUGAACUGCGGUGAGCAGGAUUUCAGUGCCGCCAUCAUCAGCAUCCCGACGCCACCCGCCAACACGCCGGAUGAAAGUCUCCCGCCAUCACCCGCUCCCAUUCCUGGCAUCCUGCGCAAUACCCGGGCCACCGCCUUCACCCACGAAACUGUCAAAAUCUCCUCCUUAUAA